GACUCCAGACCUGAGUGGUUCGGAAAAGGCUGCGACUUGAGAGUUAGAGAGAGAGUGCACUGAGCAGCCCAGAAAUAAAAACUCAAGGUUGAACCCUCACCUCCAUUACUCCUUUUACGAAGCCAGGUUGUUCCUGGAGCAACCGUUGUCUGCAUAUUAUCUUUAGAAGCACGCACUGGUCAGGACGCUCCCGGUUGCCGGUUGCCGGUUACCAGUCGGUCGUCUGCAUUGGUGCCAGGCGCCAUGGCGACGUAUUCGGAGGUUUCGACCUCGACCCUCGGGUUGUACAACUCGGUGUACGGUUUCAUGUGCAGCGAAAAUGACACGGCCAUGCUGAUGUCGGCGUUCCCCAGCUUGACGAUCGGCGAGCAGGACUUCGCGAGCUUCUUCUGCAGCAAGCUCGACCUGAUCGCGGCGCAGUUUCAAUGGACGCAGCUCGCCGUCGACAACACCUACCUCCUCUUCUCCGCCUAUCUCGUCUUCGCCAUGCAGAUUGGUUUCGCGAUGCUGUGCGCUGGAACGGUGCGCGCGAAGAACACGAUGAACAUCAUGCUCACCAACGUGCUCGACGCCUGCGUGGGAGGCCUCUCCUUCUACAUCUUCGGCUUCGCGUUCGCCUUCGGCCAAGGAGGAACCAGCAAUGCGUUUAUCGGCGCCAACUACUUCGCCAUGUCGGGCCUGCCCGUGUACACGUCGUUCGACCCGCCGGGCAUCAACUACAUCUACGACUUCAGCUUCUGGAUGUUCCAGUGGGCCUUCGCCAUCGCGUGCGCCGGCAUCACGUCGGGCUCCAUCGCCGAGCGCACGCAGUUCACGGCGUACCUCGUCUACUCCACCUUCCUCACGGGCUUCGUCUACCCCGUCGUCGCGCACUGGAUCUGGGCCACGAACGGCUGGCUGUCGGCCUUCAACACGAACAACCUCUUUUUAGACGUGGGCGCCAUCGACUUCGCGGGCAGCGGCGUGGUGCACAUGGUGGGCGGCGUCGCUGGGCUCUGGGGUGCGCUUAUCGAGGGCCCGCGUCUGGGCCGCUUCGACAAGGGCGGCCGCCCGCUCGAGAUGAAGGGCCACUCCGCCACGCUCGUCGUGCUCGGCUCGUUCCUGCUCUGGUUCGGGUGGUACGGGUUCAACCCCGGGUCGUUCCUGCGCAUCACCAUCCCGUGGACGGACGUGCUGGGUAACUGGUCGUGGGUGGGGCGCACCGCCGUCACUACCACGCUCUCGGGCUGCAUGGCUGCCGUCAACACGCUCCUCGCAAAGAGACUCCUCGCUGGCUGCUGGCACGUGACUGACGUGUGCAACGGGCUCCUCGGCGGGUUCGCCGCCAUCACUGCUGGCUGCUCGGUCGUGGAGCCGUGGGCCGCCAUUCUCUGCGGGUUCGGCGCGAGCUGGACGCUCAUCAUCCUCAACAUGAUCUCCAUGAAGAUUCAGUUCGACGACCCGCUUGAGGCCACCCAGCUGCAUUUCGGCUGCGGAGCCUGGGGGCUCUUCUUCGUCGGCCUUCUAGCCAAGAAGGAAUUCCUCAUGCAAGCGUAUGCCAAGCCUGACACGACCCCCUACGGGCUGUUCUACGGCGGCGGCGGCAAGCUGCUGGCGUGCCAGUGCCUGGAGAUCAUCUGCGUGUUCGCGUGGGUGUCGGUGCUCAUGGGCGCGCUCUUCUUCAUCCUCCACUCGCUCAACCUGCUGCGCGUUCCGCCCGAUGAGGAGAUCGCGGGGAUGGAUAUGACGAAGCACGGGGGCUCCGCGUAUAACACUGAGGGGCAGGACGGGCAGGGCGUGCAGCUGUAUGGUCCCCCUGAGACCGGCGCGGCAAAGGCUGCGGAGGUUUGAGUUGUAAAACACGGUUGUGGAAAGUUAGCUUGUAAGGUUAUGUGUUCGUAUUUGGUUGGGUGACUAAUAAAAGUAAUGUUGAAAGAGAUGUUUGCUGCAGGCUUAGGAGUCUGCAAAUAGGUAUGUUGUGAGUUCUGCAAGAAUGUGUAAUCUUUCUCCACCCGCUUUUGUGCGACACAUCUUUGAUAGGGUGCGGGAGGGCAGCUCAACUAAUGUUGUUAGCUGUAAUAUGAACUAUGGAUAAUGUAGCAAAAGCUGAUAAAAGAUUCAGAAAUUAUGUUGAAAGGAAAUGCGAA